UCACGAUCCAUCCGAGCAGUAAAAUAUUUUUAAAGAGAUAUGAGAGGGACUUUAUAAAUAUAAAAAUCAUUUUUUGAGAGUCAAUGGAAGAAUGCGCUUUCUAGGAAUAAAGCAGAGUUUACUGAUUGGUUCGUGAUGACAUUUUUUUUUGUGAGAAACAUUUAUUGCGUCGAAUUAUUGGACAAUCAACCGGUUAUUGUUAUUAAUUAUUUUACUGAAGUGUUAUGAAUUCGCGAAGUCAUUGGAAUGAGUCACCGGUACUUCUGCUGACACACGCUACAUCACAACUUCAGAAUGAUGUAUCAAGAAAAUGAAAAUUAUUGGAUUAAUAACGAUUACCAAAAAUUAAUCGACAUGGACAUCUAUUUCCGUCACCGAUUUUCAAUAAAAAUCAUUUAAAAAUCGAAUAACGAUUUUUCUGCAAACAAUUUUCAACAGAAAAGAGAGCUUUCAAAAAAUCGUUAUCACUGGAGUUGGAAUCCGUGACAUCAAUCUGUGGAAUAAAAAAAAGGGCAGAAUGACCACCGAAGGAACAAUAAUCGACGAGGAUGGAUUCGGAGUUAUUCCCAUCAUCACCGAUGAUAACAGAAAUUUUGAAAUUGUUAAGAGAUAUACAUUGACUAAUAAGACGAAAGCAUCGGUGACUCUAAUCACGUGGGGUGCUGGCAUCCAGGGGAUUCGGGUGCCGAAUUAUCGGGGAAUCCUCGGAGAUGUUGUCCUGGGAUUCGACGACAUCGAUGGAUAUUGGAAUAAUCGACAUGUGGGGAGGAUUCUGGGUCGUGUGACAAGACGUGUGUCUACUGAUAUUUCUCCUAGCUUAUCACACGAUCCUCUUGUCUCAGGAAUCAAUAAUAAAUCCCCAGGAUUUGAUAGCGUCAACUGGGACAGCUACAUCCUCGGAGAACAAGUGGUCAUGUCUCAUUUGAGUAGAAAUGACAGAUUUCAUCCUGGAGAAGUGCUGACUCAAGUUAAAUACAGCUGGAGCGAUAACAACGAGCUUUUCAUGGACCUCAGGGCGAGCUGUACCAGACCGACACCCGUGGACAUCACCUCCUUCUGUCUCUUCAAUCUCGCGGGCCAUGGCAUGGGCUCUGAGGAGCUCAACAAACAUGUGGUCUCCAUUAAUGCCAGCAAGUGGCUGCACUCUGAUGUGAGAACAAAAUUACCCAGUGGAGCUGUUCGCUCCGUUCGCAAAACGAAAUUCGACCUUCGAACUCCCACGGAAUUGAACCUGAAGAGGCUGGAGAGCAUCCCCGGGGGUGGAUACGAUCAUUUUUUCUGUGUCAAUUCUCCCAGCACUUUGUGUUACAGAUUUCACGCUAGGGUAUUGCAUCCGGAUUCUGGGAGAGUAUUGGAAGUGAAUUCCAAUCAGGCUGGACUACAUUUUUAUACAGCCAACGAAUUCCCCCGACUCCAGGAGGAUCUUCAUUACUGGGACAGGAGCGAAAGUCCUUGCAGACGAGAUAAGAAUAAUAAUUCGAGGGGUAAAUCUUCUGGAAUUCCUGCCAAGGGUGGUGUUAUGUACAAAAGACACUCUGGAUUCUCAAUUUCUCCUCGAAAUUAUCCGGACUCCGUGAACUUUAACCAUUUUCCAUCCAACAUUCUCUACCCUGGGCACGACUAUCACUACGCAAUGGCUUUGAAAUUUGGAAUAAAAAAAAGCAUUCCAGAAUAAAACCACAAUAUUCUCUCUGGUAUAAAUAACAUGUAUUUAUAAUCGAUCUACAGACAAUAAAAAUUACAAUUCUACAUUAA